GAUGCAGAAUUCAAGGCUUUUUGACUCCUCGGGGUUUCUUGAAAGAAAAAUUACGUCUAGAAGCAACGGCGGCAUUCCGAAAGGAGCAAACAACCAUUCCAACCAUACUUUGAAACGCAGUGUUCGAAUCCCACAGGAUUUCUUCCAGGAUUGUUAAUCAACCCAGCCAUCGUAUUCCAAUCGAAACCAAAGAAAUCCAUAGCGUUUGAAGCAGACCGUUCGCUCCCGGAACGCAAUAUCCCACUACAAUGAAGACGACCGAUCGCAUGGCGGUUUUCUUCCUUUCGCUGCUGUCUCUGAACUCCGCGGCGGGAUUUACCAGUUCGGCGAUCCGAACGAGCACAAACCGAGUUUCUUCGCCCUUGGCACCCUUCCCACCGUCCGCAAACAAACAAGAGCGGCAAACACCAUUGAUUCGCUGCAACGAAAAACCGGGCUGGUUGGACGAUGCGAUGGACGGCAUACCGUCGGGAGACUUCGACGAAGAAAGCUACAGAAACAGAAUCGACCUGCGAGGGGGCAUCGCGGGGUUUUCGGUGGAUCCGGAGCUCGGAUUCGUGUGCAUACUGGUGGCCGGGGGCGAAGACAGCAACCAGCAGCACAACAAGCACUGGAUGCCAGUGGUCGUCUCCCCCGUCGACACGGAUCGACCAAAAUCCGCGGAGGCCCUGACGUGCGUGCAACUGGCGGGUGGGCUGGAUCUCGGGACGGCCAUCCUGCCCCCGGAUUCACUGGCCAGGCUGGUCGCCGAGCACGAUGCCGAGGAGCAAUCCGGCGAGGGCACCGCCCGGGACAAGGGCGCUCCCAAGCGGCUCUCCCUGACCAAAAUCACGGCGGCGCCCAAUCCCGAUGCCAGCGAGAACGCCAAAGCCGGCAUCGAGGAAGAGGCGCAAGAGCUCGUCGCGACGUCUCCGGAACGAGAAAAAGCCAUCUCGGACGCCCUUCCGAAGGUAGAAACGGCGGUAAAAACCCUGCCCGGGUUGCAGGAGACGACCACGGAGAGCGUCCGGGAGGCCAUGCAGCGGUUCGCGGACGAGAAGGGUGCGGUCGACCGCGACGCCUUUUCGUCUAUUCUCGACUCGUUGCGGUCGCUGAACACCCCGGCGAUAUCGCUUGCACCCCCACUCUUUCGCUUGGACGUGUCCGUCAUCGAUGGGAACGGGAUUUCGCAGGUCACCGUCGACACUACUAAUUCGAUGAUUGCUCUUGGCUUGGCAAUGAGAUACAAAGUGACUGUAGACAUGGAAGAAAAAUACCGCCAUCCCCGAGGCGGAAAGGGAGUCGAUGAGUUGCUGGAGCGCUUUCCUGUCUUUCGACCGAUACAAGAAUUAAACGAGGACUCGAGAAUUGUUGAUGGAUUCAUUCCCUCCAUGUUCGAAAAAGCAAGGAGUAUUGACAAUGACAUGAAAGGCGAGUAGUCAGUUGCUACUUGUCGGGAUCGAUUGACGCAAAGAGCUACGCAACAAUCAACGCUGGGUGGAAGGAUGAUAUCUAGACGUUCAAAACCGAGCGGUUGGUAUACCUAGACUUUUUUUGUGAUGUGUUCGGACAAGACAAGACCUCUGAUCCAAUACGAAAAAAGGCAGUUCAUCUUUUCCCACUGCUGGACUUCCAGGCAGCAGUUGUCGACAACAUUCCUUGUAGAAGAAGUGCUCCGGGUCGAUAAGAGUUUAAAAACUAAACAAACUAGCGUUUAGUACAAUGCCGAACUUUCGUUUAGGAUAAAAGUAUUAGCUUUCGACAGGAGAUCCUUGAGAGGGCUGGGACUGGACUUUUGCAACUUGGAUAUCUGUGAGGACAACCUUGAUCAGUGGAGGUCCCGAAUUUUGCCCAGGUAUCACUCCUCGAAAGCCCUUCUUGGUCGGAAGAGAUGCCAGUCUUGCGAGGCUUUGCAUAGACUCGUCGUCCACAAUCUGCCCAAUUACUCGUCUGUUUUCUUUGUCCAUUGCAGGGUUAGCAGAAGCAAUGAUUUGAAAGGCAGACUCGAAACAUUCGUCUUCCGACUCAAAGCCUGUCCCCCCGUAUCCAAUUCCUUUUGCCGGAAUAGAAACAAGACCCGGCACGUCGUGCUUUCUAAGGACAGGGACAUCUUUCAGUUCCCUUGGUCGUGGUUGCGGGACAAAGUUGUCGCCCGCGUUGGCCAUCCCUUUGGAUCGAGCAUAGGCAGCCGAUUGCAAUGGAAUUCCGAAGUCUAGUCUUUGACCCGGGACAAUCUGACCCAAGAUCCCUCCUCUUGUGAGACUCACUGGUAUCGCAGCGACACCCAUGCCAUUUUCAAACAUCAAUUCGCUCGUUGUCCUCAAUCCGGAGGGGCUCACUAUGUUCAGAAAUUCCUCCACACUCACAGCAACAUCAUUUCCGUACAAACCCAUGCGAACGGUACAAUCUUCGUCCGACCGACCAAUUGCCAGAGACAUCUGAACGACAUGUGUGAUUUCGUAUCCCAUUCUAUCUGGUACACUAUCUCCAACAAGGGGUGAAUCUCUUAGCUUCCCAUUUGACCCACAGUUUGGAUCCGUAGCAUCGCAGCGGUCUUUCGCACCCCAAUUCCAGCCUAAGGCUCCAUCCAAUUCAAAUUUUUCCAAGCAGUUUCCUGCUUCUCGACAUUCGAUUUCUGCACCUCCAACUGCUCGAGUGGCGUGGGCUUGUUCGGGAAGGAUCAAAGCAGUCGCCGUGGCAGUGGCAAUUCCCUCAAUAAAAUCCCUUCUGCCGCUGCCGCCACGACUUUUGUCUCGAAUGCUCAGUGCCGAAGAUUCUUUCGCGCGGUCGAGGAGGAGAAGAAGCACAAACGCUGCCGAGACCAUGGAUCCUUUGAUAUUAAUCAUCAUUUUGCUAUGAAUUGGAUCUCGCCCCAUUCAGAAACUCUGAAACGCCAACAGAUGAAUGGUGAUGACCUGAGGGGUGCGAUGGGCGAUGGAUGAAGUUGAAGAAAUCCUACUGUUAUUCUUCGUAGUAAAAAUUUAGGAUUCUC